ACAUACACUCUACAUCGUCAAAACCUCCAGAAUUUCAUGAACUGUAUCGAAAGCCAAUCAUGGGGUCCAAGUCUCCGGAAGAUCAUCGUCAAGGACCCGAUGGGGGUUCAGCAGAUGCCGCGGUCACUAUCAUCAACCCUCCAAAGUCAGCCGCUGCAAGUGGCCUGCUUCAGGGCAUGCUCGAGGGGCAAGAUGAAGACGGAGACGACGACGAUGAUGAGAAGACUGGAAUUAACGUGAAGACUUACGAUGGUGCAAAGAAAAAGAGAAAGCGCAACAAGAAGAAAAGCAAGAAGGUGGCAGUGAUACAGCAAACGUUUCCCCCAAGGAUUCCGUUGGCUACUUUGUUCGACAAUCAGCCAUAUCCAGAAGGUCAGAUCGUGGACCACGUCGUCAAGGAUGACAAUAUCAAACGCACUACGACCGAAGAACUUCGCCAUGUAGCCGCCCUGAACGACAUGGACGAUGACUUCCUCAAGGACUACCGUAAAGCCGCCGAGGUCCAUCGCCAAGUUCGUCAUCAUGCACAGACGAUCGCGAAGCCCGGUGUAUCCAUGACUCGGCUUGCGGAAGAGAUUGAUGAAGGUGUAAGAGCACUCACUGGGCAUACGGGUCUCGAGACAGGCGAUGCGCUCAAGGCAGGUCUCGCUUUUCCCACGGGACUUUGCCUGAACCACGUAGGCGCCCACUGGACGCCUAAUGCUGGAGCAAAGGAAGUCAUUCUAAAGCACGAUGAUGUCCUCAAAGUAGACUUCGGAGUUCAUGUCAAUGGCAGAAUAGUUGAUAGUGCUUUCACUGUAGCUGCAAAUCCGGUUUACGAUAACUUGCUUGCAGCCGUCAAGGCGGCUACUAAUACCGGGCUUGGCGAAGCUGGCAUUGAUGCCCGUAUCGACCACAUUAGCGAGGCGAUCCAGGAAGUCAUGGAGAGCUAUGAGGUCGAGCUAAACGGCAAAACCAUCCCGGUCAAAGCAGUCCGCAACAUCACCGGUCAUAACAUCCUGCGUUAUCGCAUUCAUGGAGAUAAGCAAGUUCCAUUCGUCAAGACCAAGACCGAUCAACGUAUGGAAGAGGGUGACAUCUUCGCCAUUGAGACCUUUGGCAGCACGGGAAAAGCACACCUCCGAGACGACGUUGGUGUCUACGGCUAUGGACGCAAUGAAAACAUGAGUCCAGCUGUUCUUCAUCAAUCGUCCGCCAAGUCGCUACUGAAGACGAUUGACGCAAACUUUGGCACUCUGGUGUUUGCCCGGCGUCAACUUGAGCGUCUCCCUGGCGUGGAGAAAUAUCAUCUCGGUAUGAGAACGUUGGUUAAUAGUGGUCUUGUCGAAUCGUAUGCACCGCUGGUGGAUAUUACCGGCUCGUACAUUGCGCAGUUUGAGCAUACGGUGCUGCUCCGCCCGAACUGCAAGGAGAUCAUCUCAAGAGGCGAUGACUACUAAGGGGAUGAGACUGCCAGAAUAAAGCGUACCCGACUUCAACAGUCGUGUAGCGAAGAUUCCAAAGGUGCUUCAACAUGCCUUUUCAUACCCGACUAUCACACAUUCUUUUGAACAACU